AUGAACGGCAAGGUAGAUCGCCGCUACGGAGCCUCGGGUGGACUUGUCAGGCCGAUUGACAGCAUGAUUGGACGGGCCUGGAGUGAUCUCAGCCAAGUCAGUCAGUCAGCCAGCCACCAGCCUGCCAGGGAGUCCGUCCAGACAGGUGGUGAAUUUUGGCAGCAAAGCUUCUCUGCAUCUCUCGAGUGCCGUAACUAUAGUAGUUACUGGCUGCUGCUGGCUUGUCUGGCGAGUGUGAAACUGGUGCAUCGAGUGGGCCCUGUCCUGUGCCUCGCCCGGUCAGAAAGAAGACAGACGAAGCGAUAG